AUGAUUAGGAUGGGAUGGAUGAAAAUAGGAGGGAGCUGGAAGUAUGCUCGCGGGUACAACGACAGACGCAACGUGUUUGCCCGUGGCCAGUGGCAGGAGCGAAAGAUGACGCCACGGUUUAUGCUUGCACCUCGAGUUUCACCGGGUGGGCCACGAAACCGUUAUGAGGGAAACCUGGUGUUUUCCCGCCUCAAGCUCAGUAAGCUGCUUUGGGCCAUUGGCACGGGCCGUCUGAACCCCAAUGAAGUCAUCACGGUUUAUCACCAGCGCGAAGCUGGUGUUGUGGCUGAGGGUGAAAUUAUUUGGCCAGGAUUUGUUCUUGUUAGUAGUGGAGUGAACCGCGUGCCGUAUCCCAUUCACAUUGAGCUUCAAAAUGCGUCAGCGGAAAGUAUUCGGCUUAUUGAAGAAGCCGGUGGAUCCUUUACUGGGGGUAUACGAUGA